GGCGCCGCCCAACAUUUCUCAGUCCCGCUCAGAUCGCGAAGUCGAGAUGAAUCUAUCACGAUACCCACACAGUUUAUUCGACCAAAGUUUCGGAUUAUGCAUCAGCCCCCACGAUUUGAUAUUCCCGUCGCACAAUUAUCCCGGGACGAACUACUACAGGCCAUGGCAAUGGUAUCUUCAAAGAGCAGAAAAAGAUUUUGGAUCGACAAUACAUAAUGAAAAGAACAAUUUCAAAAUAACAUUGGAUAUGCAACAUUUUCAACCAAAUGAAAUAAACGUAAAAGUUGCAGACAGAGAAGUUAUAAUCGAAGGGAAGCACGAAGAACGGCAGGACAACUACGGGUUUAUAUCUCGGCAGUUUAAGAGGCGAUACCUCCUGCCUGGCGAUUGUAAUGCAGACAGUGUUGUCUCUUCACUCUCUUCUGAUGGAAUCCUCACCGUGACUGCCGAAAAAGUAAAGGAAUCAAAAACUAAGGAAAUCACUGUUCCAAUCAAAAUGUGCGAUAGUUGUCCAAACAAACCCAAACUUGAAAAAGAAAAGGUGGACGACUCUAAGAAAGAAGAAAGUGCAUCAAGUAAAAAGAACAUGGAAAUAAUGUUGAAAGAAGAUCAUUGCUGUCUGUUGAAACCUGAAUUAUUGGGAGCUCCUUCUACAGGUGCAACCCAGAAGAUAUCAAUGGAGACUAAAAAAGAAGUAGAUGAAUUGACAAGAUCAAGAGGAGAGACAUCUGGACAAGCUACAAGUACUAAAGCAAAAGAAAAAAUUGAUGAUGCCUGUGCCCAAGGUAUUAGAACUAAAACAGAAAUAGAAAGUGCCAGUGCAGCUAUCAAAUCAGAAAUGUGUAACAUUAAGAGUUCUGUACAAGAAUCUAUAACUAUUCAAGAGUCAUCAACUUCCUCAACAUCUAUGGCAUCAAGCAUAAAAGAAACCAGUGAAAAAAUAAGUGAGAUUGUCAGUGACAUCAGUGCUCAGUUGAAAGAAGCAGCAGAAAAUAUUUAAAAAUACAUGUACACAUAUCAUUAUUAUUUAUUAUACUUACUAUAAAAGUUAUUCUAAAUAUAGUUAUAGGUAACAUUAAUUCACAAUUCAUAUCUAUACAAAAUGUCAAUUAUUUUAAGUCACUGAAGUAGUCAAUAAACACAUUUGAGAUCAUUUCUGAGCAAAUAAAAGCUGGAGUUACUACAAUGUUUAAAUUAAAUGUACAAAAUGAAAUAUUAUUCAGUA